UUUAGAGUGCCGAAAUUUGAAAUAAAGUCAUCUUUUAAAUUAUUUAAUGUUCAACCGGACAAAAUGAUGAAAUUAGUGCGCAAAAAUAUUUUUAAAAAUUAUUUAUCUUUUUGCGUUUGUCGUUCGAAAAUUUUAGCAACUUCAACUCGUCACUUUCAAGAUUGUGCUGAUGAAGAUGAAAGUUUGGAAGAAUUGUUCCCCCGGCUAUCUAAAAUUCGACAUUCAGUCUUCAUCAUACAGCCAAACAUGAGGGAUGUGCCAGAAAAAGCAAAAAACACGUCGGCCAAUCACCAACUGUCUGAAUUGUGUUCAUUGGUUCACUCCAUUCCUGAUUGGCUGGUCAUUGAUAAAGCAAUUCACUCCUUGAAAUUCCUCGACAAGCAACACGUAUUUGGUAAGGGCAAACUCGAAGAACUCCGCCAGCACGUAAAAUCUUCGAGUCUGCACAUCACUGCUAUCGUCAUGGGGAUGCCUUCACUAAACACUAAUCAACUCUCUAAUCUCCAACAUCUAUUUAACCUGCCUGUUUAUGAUAGAUACACGUUAGUUUUGGAAAUCUUCCGAGCUCGAGCCUCGACGAAUGAGGCCAAGCUGCAAGUUUCAAUGGCUGAAAUUAAUUACAUAAGAUACCAUCUACACGGUCUACACAGGGGAACUUUAGACUUCCAAACUGAUGCGUUAGAGUUAGUCGGCGGGACUUCUGAAGUGCCUGUGCAGACGAGGAAGAUGUUGUUGAGAGACAGAGAAUCAAAGAUUCAAAAAGAACUUGUGAAGCUGGAAAAGCAGAGGACGCUGGCCAUGGAGAAGAGGCGCAAGAUGAAGAUUCCCUCCGUGGCUGUCGUCGGCUACACAAACGCCGGAAAGACGUCAUUAAUAAAAUCUCUAACGAAAAACGAAAAUAUGGCGCCAAAAAAUCAACUCUUUGCCACGCUCGAUAUUUCAAACUUCCAAGGGUUCUUGCCGAAUAGGAUGAAGGUUCUUUACGUUGACACCAUUGGCUUCAUAUCUGAUCUACAUCCAUCUUUGCUCAAUGCCUUUUCAUCAACUCUACAAGAUAUCGCAUAUGCUGAUCUUUUGGUUCACGUGUGUGACGUUUCGCACCCAGACAGGCGUCUGCAAGAUGAGGUCGUUAGACGGACCAUCACUAAUUUGCCGCUGAUGCCGGAUGAACUGCUGCGCAGUGUUGUGCGAGUUUACAAUAAAGUUGACCUUCUGGGUGAUAGUGAAAGGGCAAAAUUAGAGGAAGAAACUUUGACGUCAUCGUCAUCAUCAUCAUCAUCACCACCUGUACUCAUUUCUGUGAAGAAUGGAUGGAACAGAGAUGAAGUUAUGAUGACGAUCCAAAACGCAAUCAUCAAAGCAACUGGACGAGUUACCAAAAAACUUAAAAUACCAAUAAAUAGUGGUCUAUUACAAUGGUUGUACAAAGAAUCGGAAGUAGAGGAAGUGACGUCAGACCCAAAAAACGCGGAGAUGUACCUAAUAAAAACGACAAUGACCGCUCAGUCCUACGCUAAAUUCAUCAAAAAUUUCAAACUUAAGGAUAAAAAUUCCUUGAGUUGAAGUUUUAUCAUUUGUUAUUAUUAUUCUUGUUGUUAUAAUUAUUUUUUUAUUAUUUCAUUAUUUAUUAUUUUAAAUCAAAGUAAGCACAAGUUAGACGGUUCAUUACAUAAACCCUGUUUUGAAUCCUUUUAGUGACCAUAAUUUGAUAAAACGAGCUCUGAAAAUAAUUUAUUUGGCGUUCUGCAUCGUCAAAA